AUGCGUAGAGUGGUUGACCAAGAUGACCUGGACGACGGGGACUUCGACUACCUCGGAGGGCCGCGCCGCCCCUCGGGUGAGUCUCCGCGCCCCCGAUCCCCCUCCUCCCCCGCCGCCCUCAGGGCAACGGGCAGGAAUUCCCGCCGUGUGAGCCUUAUCCCUGGGGAAGCCCUAGAGCAAGCUCACGCCUCUCUCGCACUCGCUGCUUUGACACAAGUGCAUGAACAAGCCCAGCAAAAUGCACAACUGCAUGAACAGUCCCAUCAAAACAAGGCGCCGAGAGAGAAGCCUCCGGUCGUCAAGUCCAAGACGACCGACGAGGGCGGAGGGGGAGGGUUGCCGGGGGCCCCGGACGGGGGCGCCGUCACCACUGACUCCUCGCCGAUAAGGAUGAAAUCAAACCAAAGAUGGCUGAAACUCAGGACCACCGUUCAGCUCUCGGGCGCCCUCUCCUCGUCCAUGAACCGGACCAAACCACCGCUCAAGCGAGAGGACUCCUUCAUCAAGAGGUUCUCCACACGACAGAUAGCAGAGCUUCAGGACACCGUCGACCAGACAGAUGAGGAGGACGUUAGUAAGAACUCAACCGGAUCGCCAAAGAUUCGAAAAAAGAAGAAGCAGCGGCAACCAAGGACAGUUAUAAAUCCGUAUGGAAACGUUUUCUUCUAUUGGUUGUGUAGCCUAACUAUCUGCGUCCUGUAUAACCUGUGGACGCCCAUAGUGAGACAAGCCUUUCCGGAGCUCCAGAGGAAACCGCAGCCCAUGUGGUACCUGCUCGACGGCCUAACCGAUAUCGUGUUCGUGGUCGACAUCUUCGUACAGUUUCGGACUGGCUAUUUAGAACAAGGUCUUAUAGUGUACGACUUUAAGAAGCUGGCAAGACACUACAUGCAGUCCAAAAGUUUUAUGCUGGAUAUAGUGUCACUUAUACCUUUAGAUUUUUUACAAAUAGUGAUCGGUCCUCAGCCGUUAAUAAGAUUUCCAAGGUUCAUCAAGGUGUACCGCGUCUACAACUACUACUACAUGGUAGAAUCGAGGACGCUCUACCCCAACAUGUGGCGUGUCGUCAACCUCAUCCACAUCCUGCUCCUCCUCGCCCACUGGUUCGGCUGCUUCUAUUACAUGUUAUCGGAGGCAGAGCAGUUCGUGGGAGAGUGGACCUACCCUUAUGACAGUAGUCCUGAUUUUCAAACGUUAUCAAGAAUGUAUCUGGGAUCGGUAUACUGGUCAACGCUCACCCUCACUACUAUAGGGGACCUUCCGACGCCGGAGACAAACAGGCAGUAA